GUUUGGAGGUUUAAAGAUGGAGGUGUGAUAUUAAAAAAGAUAUGUUUGUGUUAAAGAGCAGAAUAUUCCAACAUAACGAAGUAUUAUUGAUAAGUGUAGUGGAAAAAUAUAUAUUUAAAAAUCAAAUAUUGUAUCGUAACACUGCCCAAACGUAUCGAAGCUACGCAACUUGAUAACGUGCCCUUCAAAUCUGUUAGUUCCUGCUUGUUAUACGUUUCUUCAUUUUUUUUACCCUUGUUCAACAAAUACCAAGGAUUUUUCUACAUAUGAAUACACAAUUUGGGCCUAACAGCAUAAACUAAAUCUUGUUAUCAUGUUGGCCCUAUUGGUAUCGCCAUGGGAACACCAGGCGAUAAAAGAACUCUGGAAAAGAUAGUCGGAACCGAGCACAACCUAGAACCGGAAACAGACACAGUACCAUCUACCGAACAACCUUCGACAUCCGCCACAUUCGAACCUUCCGAAAUGGGUGUCCUAAGUCGCUUGCCGGACUUCCACCUUCUAACGGGUCCAGCCGAACCGGUACCACACCUCAGUAACAAGCCGGAAAGUUUCCAGCAGACUUUAGAACAAGCUUCCAUCGAAGACUACUUCACCCAAACCAAGUACUACACGGGUACGAGCGAGAGUUUCGCGACGCUGUACCCUGUCGCACCACCAACUACAUUCCAGGCAUUAGAUCAACCCGGCCCCUCAGGUGUGCAAACUGUCAAAGACCGCACCGGUUCGGAAAGAGCAAAAAAGAAAAAGCAGGAGCGCGCUGGGCAUAAAAGGAACCAUCCUUGCCCAAUCUGUCACAAGAGCUUUGCGACGGGUGAAAAUUUCGACAAGCACUACCAAACUCACACGACAUCGCACUCAACGCCUCAAUUCAAAUGUGAACUAUGCAAGAAAUCGUUCAGUUCGAAGUUUAAGCUCGUCCGGCACGCUUUGAUCCAUUCCGAUAAGAAACCUUUUAGUUGUACUGUAUGUGACAGGACGUUUCACAGGAAAGAUCACUUGAAGAACCACAUCAAAGUUCACAGUCCGACGAAGAAGCUGUACGAGUGCAACAAACCUGACUGCAACAAACAGUACACCUCCAUGCUCAGUUACAAGAAGCAUUUGGCGGUUCACGCGGCGGACGAAGGCAACCUCACCUGUCAAAUAUGUUACGCAAACUUCGAGAACAAAGAUGGCAUUUUGUAUCACUUGAAAAUACACGCCGGGAGUCGGACGAUUAAGAACCCCAACGAAAAAAAGUACCUGUGUGAUUACUGCGAACGAAGGUUCUUCACGAAGAAGGACGUGAGGAGACAUCUGGUGGUCCAUACGGGAAUGCGGGAUUUUCUUUGUCAGUUCUGUCCACAGAGGUUCGGCAGGAAAGAUCACUUAGUUAGGCACAUCAAAAAGUCACAUCACCGGCAAUACUCCGAGGAAGCUUUAACGCAAAUCAAACUUGAAGUAUCGAAACCGGAAACUAUAACCACAGACGUUCCGCAGGAUAUCCCGAUAAGCGAAACAGUCUACUCCGAAGCCUCGUUUUCUUCACUGCAAGAUAUGCCUAGCACUAGCGGAGGUUGGGUCAAACCUUCGGAGGUUAAAUUGGAACAAGUUGAAGGUUCGAUAUUAGGCUCGGGCGUUUCGUUUAAAGAGGAAGACCUGGGACUGGAAGGCGUCAAAACGAUAUUUGAAGAGGAAAGUUUGAGGCCUCUAAACGAGGAUGAGUUAUUUCUUUCGUCCCAGUCUACGCCCAGCGAACUGAAACAGUUUUGCACGGAUAUGCUGAAGCAGAUCGGAGACGAACCGCCUUCAAGUAGUUCGCAGGUUCUUUUGGAACCGUCUGAACCGGAACCAGGGGAAUCCCACGAGGCUAUUAUAGUUCCAGAGGAAGAAAUUUUGGAUCCCGAGAUGUUUAGUAUUUUGGAGCAGGCUGACGAUAACAAGUUACCGUUGCCGGGGUUCAGUCAAACGUUUCAACCUCCACCGCCACCUUAGUAGUUUGCUGACUUGGAUUUUUCUGUAUUACACACCGAAAUACAAGUCUAAAAAAGGAGAGGAUAUGAAAAAGUAAGUGGUUCUAGUCUGUUGAAAACCGAGAGUCGGUAACAAUAAAUUCAGGCUUUUGAUUGGAUUUGUAAUAAAUAUACAAAUCAUUAAACUAUAGUAACAAAUUGCGGUAAGCUUAGACUCUUUAACAGGUAUAUUUUAAAUAAAAAUGUGUUCCAGCACAGUUAAAAUUAGAGAUGGAUUUUUUCCGAUAUAUCGAUAAGUAUCAAUAGUUCUCGAUAUAUCGAUAAUUAUCGGCAUACAUAUCAAUAAGUAAAAUAUGUCGAUAGGUGAAUGGCGGUACUUAUCGAUAGGUAAAAGCCAUUAUCGCCCAUCCCUAGUUAAAAUACAGGGGGUUCGAACUGUAUUCCGAAAACUUUGGCAGCAUAUUCU